CUGAAGUCUGAUGCGCAGGGAGCUCAGUUUCCUCUCCAUCGUCGGAGCGUCUGGACCUCACCUGGCAGGAUGUUCAUGCAUCUGGAGGUUUUCUACUACAUCUUCAUUCUCCUGGCUCACACGAAGUCCUGCUGCUGCUGGUCAGUGAAUAAUUUCUUGAUGACUGGACCCAAGGCGUACCUGAUCUACUCCAGCAGUGUGGCGGCGGGCGCUCAGAGUGGCAUAGAGGAGUGCAAGUAUCAGUUUGCAUGGGACCGCUGGAACUGCCCCGAAAGAGCUCUGCAGCUCUCCACGCACAGCAGCCUGCGCAGCGCAAAUCGGGAGACAGCAUUCGUUCACGCCAUCAGCUCUGCUGGGGUCAUGUACACUUUAACCAGGAACUGCAGCCUCGGAGACUUUGACAACUGUGGCUGCGACGACAGCAGGAAUGGACAACGUGGUGGUCAUGGUUGGCUCUGGGGCGGCUGCAGCGACAACGUCGGCUUUGGAGAGGCCAUUUCCAAGCAGUUCGUAGAUGCGCUGGAGACGGGGCAGGACGCACGGGCAGCCAUGAACCUCCACAAUAACGAGGCUGGGCGCAAGGCUGUUAAGGGGACCAUGCAGAGGACGUGUAAGUGCCACGGUGUGUCGGGAAGCUGCACCACUCAGACCUGCUGGCUGCAGCUGCCAGAGUUCAGGGAGGUGGGCAACUACCUGAAGGAGAAGUACCACAGGGCGCUGAAGGUGGACCUCCUCCGUGGAGCUGGGAACAGCGCGGCCAGCCGAGGGGCCGUCGCCGAGACCUUCAGCUCCAUCUCCCGCAAGGAGCUGGUCCACCUGGAGGACUCCCCAGAUUACUGCCUGGAGAACCGCACCCUGGGCUUCCCGGGCACAGAGGGCCGCGAGUGCCUCAAGAAGGGCAAGAGCCUGAGCAAAUGGGAGAAACGGAGCUGCAAGAGGCUCUGCGGGGAGUGCGGCCUGGCCGUGGAGGAGCGGAAAGCCGAGAUGGUGUCGAGCUGCAAUUGCAAAUUCCACUGGUGCUGCGCGGUGAAGUGUGAGCAGUGCAGAAAGACAGUGACCAAAUACUUCUGCGUGAAGAGGGGAGGUCAGAGGGGAAGGAACGAGAGCGCAGGCAGCCGCCGCAAGAACCUCAGACUGAGGAAGAAGCACUAAGCAUCUUCAUCACCUGCUGUGCCACGACCACUUUCAGACUCUGUGCAUGUUCAGAUAGUGUGUGUUAUGGACAAAAAAAAAAAAAACUUUCUCUUUCUACAACCUUUUAUUGCCAGUUUUGUAUUAAAAGUUAACAGUGGGCCGCACACAAAGCCACAUGAAGCCACGUUUGGAAUACAUGUAUUUAAGAUAUAUUUUUUUAUACUUUUUCAACAUUUUAAACAGUCACCAAGCAUUUGAACAUAAUUUCUUUAACUUCAACGUUCUCCACAACAUGAUUUAUUUAUUUCCAUACAUAAAGAAAAAAAUCUAGGGGGAAUAAUUAAGCAAUUAAGCAGAAUUCUUUUUCGAGUGAUGGAUGAUCUGACUUUUGAACAUUGACACAAUUAGCUUUUAAAAAUCCCAAUUUUUAAGAAUCUGUCGGGUUGUGUUCUCAUGAAUCGUGCAGCUGAUUAAUGUCAUGUGUCACUGCCAGGCUUUGAAUUUAUUCAGAAAACAUUUCUACAUUUUUGGACUCACUAUGCUCUCCCACUGCCCUGGCCUUUGCUGCCCUCCUGAUGUAUUUAAUUGUACAUAAAAUGAAGCACUUUGUACUGUACAUUGUUAAUUUAUUGCA